GGAACAUAGAUGCACUGGACCCCUCAGAAGGAAUGUUGAAAGUUCUUAAAGAAACAGGAGUGUACAACCUUACAUAUCAGGAGUUCAUAAGCCAGGACCCGACAACCAUUCCUGAAGACACAUAUGAUGUGGUGGUGACCACUGGUAGCCUGCUUCAUAGCCAUAUGCCUGUUCAAGCCAUGGAUGAAUUUAUCCGGAUCACCAAGCCAGGUGGUCUGGUGAUAAUUGUCACGGGUGUGAAUUACCUGACGGCAGUGGAGGCUUACAAGGACAAGCUGGAGCCACACAUGGAGCGCCUCGAACAACAGGGUUUGUGGCACAAGGUAGUAAGGACGGUGGUGCCGAACUAUUUCGUUGAGAUUGAUGGAGUCGUGUACAUCUAUCGUGUUGUGAGCGACUAGAGGCCAGAUUCACGAAGGUACUUACGAAUGUUUUUCUUCUUAGCUACGAAUGUUUUCCUUCUUAGCGCCUUCGUGGCGGCUACGUCGGUAUUCAGGUAGCUAUA